AGUCUCUAAAAACCUCGAUUUAGGGUUUGAAAAUCGAAUUUUUGGGUUUUUAGCGAUUGUUAGAGAUUGUGGAAGAUGCCAAGGAGUACGAGGCAUAAAUCGAGUAAGCAUAAAGAUGCGACGAAGGAUUACUCUGAUUCGGAGAAAGAGACGAGUUUGAAGGAGAAGAAGAGUAAAGAAGAGAGUAGUGCUAGUGUUAGGGUUUCGAAGGAGUCUGGUUCUGGUGAUAAAAGAAAAGAGUAUUAUGAUUCUGUUAAUGGUGAGUAUUAUGAAGAGUAUACUUCUUCUUCGUCGAAGCGUAGGAAAGGGAAGAGUGGUGAGAGUGGUAGUGAUAGGUGGAAUGGUAAGGAUGAUGAGAAAGGCGAGAGUUCGAAGAAGACGAAGGUGUCGAGUGAGAAGAGUAGGAAGAGAGAUGAGGGAGAUGGUGAGGAGACGAAGAAGAGUAGUGGUAAAAGUGAUGGGAAGCAUAGAGAGUCUAGUAGAAGGGAGAGUAAAGAUGUUGAUAAGGAGAAAGAUAGGAAGUAUAAAGAUGGGAAAAGUGACAAGUUUUAUGAUGGUGAUGAUCAUCAUAAGUCUACUAAGGCUGGUUCUGAUAAAACUGAGUCGAAAGCUCAGGAUCAUGCAAGGAGUCCAGGUACAGAAAAUUAUACUGAGAAGAGAUCAAGGCGUAAGAGGGAUGAUCAUGGUACUGGAGACAAGCAUCAAGAUAACAGUGAUGAUGUUGGCGACCGGCUUCUCACUUCUGGAGAUGACUACAUUAAAGAUGGAAAACAUAAGGGGGAGAAAAGCAGAGAUAAAUAUCGGGAAGACAAAGAAGAAGACAUCAAACAGAAAGGUGACAAGCAGAAAGAUGACCGACCAACUAAAGAACAUCCGAGGUCUGAUGAAAAGCUCACCCGAGAUGAAAGUAAAAAGAAAUCUAAAUUCCAGGAUAAUGACCAUGGUCAUGAGCCUGACAGUGAACUUGAUGGAUACCAUGACCGGGAACGCAAUCGGGACUAUGAUAGAGAAAGUGACCGAAAUGAACGGGACCGCGAACGAGUUCGGGAUCGUGAUCGUGAUUAUGAGCGAGAUAGGGACCGUGAUCGAGAUAGGGAUCGAGAACGUGAUCGCGAUCGACGGGAUUAUGAGCAUGAUCGUUACCAUGAACGGGAUUGGGACCGUGAUAGGAGCAGAGAUCGUGACCGGGAUCAUGAUAGGGACAGGACCCAUGACAGAGAAAAAGACCGUAGUCGUGACUAUUAUCAUGAUGGGAAACGAAGUAAAAGCGAUCGUGAAAGGGAUAAUGAUCGUGAUGUGUCGCGUAUAGAUGAUCAAAGUGGUCGGUAUAAGGAUAGGAGGGACGGUAGGAGGUCUCCAGAAUAUCAGGAUUAUCAGGAGGUAAUCGUGGGCUCUAGGAGUAGCAGAGCAGAGCCUGAUGGUGAUAUGACAAGAUCAGAGCGUCAACUUUCCAGUUCGGUGGUUCAAGAAGAAAAUGGGAAUGCGUCAGACCAGAUAACGAAAGGGGCUUCGUCUAGGGAGGCGGCUGAGCUGUCUGGAGGAUCGGAGAGAGGUACAAGACAUAAAGUUUCUGAGAAAACAGCAAAUAUGGAAGAUGGUGUUUUGGGCGAGUUUCCGGUGGAAAGGUCUUCUGCCGCAAAAGCUUCACCCCGACCAAUGGUUGAAAGAUCUCCCUCUUCGACUAGUCUUGACCGGAGAUACAACAAUCGCGGUGGUCCAAGACGGAGUCUUGAGGUUGAAGAAACAGGUCAUAGGAACAAUGCUAGGGAUUAUUCAGCAACUGAGGAGGAAAGGCUUUUGGUAGAUGAGACGUCCCAGGCAGAAUUAUCCUUUAACAAUAAAGCCAACCAAAACAAUUCUUCUUUCCCUCCACGACCUGAAUCUAGGAGUAGCCCUAGAGUUGGCCCUCGAGAAGAAGAUAACAGGGUCAAUACAGGUGGACGUUAUAAGAGAGGCGGCGUUGAUGCGAUGAUGGCAAGAGGGCAAGGUAAUAUGUGGAGAGGUGUCCCAAGUUGGCCAUCUCCACUUUCAAAUGGAUAUAUUCCAUUUCAACACGUUCCACCUCAUGGAGCUUUCCAAACUAUGAUGCCACAAUUUCCAUCUCCAUCUCUCUUUGGGGUGAGGCCUUCAAUGGAAAUGAAUCAUCAGGGAAUCCCUUACCAUAUACCUGACGCUGAGAGGUUCUCUGGUCACAUGCGUCCACUUGGGUGGCAGAAUAUUAUGGAUGGCUCAGGCGCUUCUCACAUGCAUGGUUUUUUCGGGGAUAUGAGUAAUAGUGUUUUCAGGGAUGAAUCAAACAUGUAUGGGGGCUCUGAGUGGGAUCAUAACAGGCGGAUGAAUGCCCGGGGCUGGGAAUCUGGUGCAGAUGAAUGGAAAACUCGAAAUGGAGAUGCGAGCAUGGAAGUCUCAUCAAUGUCUGUCAAAGAUGAUAACUCAGCUCAGGUUGCUGAUGAUGAGUCUCUUGGCGGCCAAACAAGCCACUCUGAUAAUAACAGGGCAAAAAGUGUUGAAGCUGGGUCGAAUCUAACAUCUCCAGCAAAAGAACUGCAUGCAAGUUCUCCUAAAGAGAUGGUGGAAGUUGCAGCUGAAAAUCCUGUUUCAGAAACAAUUGAUAACACUGAACGUUACUGCCGGCAUUAUCUCUCAAAACUUGAUGUAUCUGCAGGACUUGCUGAUCCCGAGCUGCGUAAAUGCAUUAGUUUAUUGAUAGGUGAAGAACAUCUAGCAAUUGAUGACGGUACUGCCGUGUUUGUAAAUCUCAAGGAAGGUGGGAAGAGAGUGCCCAAAAGCAACAGUACUUCUUUGACGGCUCUUUCACUGUUUCCAUCUCAAAACAGUUCAGUGUUUCAGGUAGCUAUGGACUUCUACAAGGAGCAAAGGUUUGAAAUAAAGGGUCUUCCAAAUGUCAAAAAUCACCAGCCUCCUCCAGUGCCUCCUUCCAACUUAGUUAAAGUUGAAGACAAUUAUGAUCUGAAUGAUGCAAUGAAAGUAAAUAGUUCAAUUGAGACAACAGAUAUGAAAAUUGCGGAUGUAUCAGAUUCCGACACAUCCCAAAAGGGACCGCAAAAAGUAUCGUCAAAUGCUGGUGCCGAAAUGGAGACAGAAACACAAGAUGAGGGAUCUUCGUCUCCCAAUCCUGAGGCUCUAAAACCUGUGUCGUCAGAUCACAUUGAAGUUUAUGAGGAAGCUGUGGCUUUAGACCACAUUGAAGGUGAUGAGCAAGAGGCAAAGCUAGUUGAUGGAGCUGGUGUAGGCCAAACAAUGGAGACAGCUCCUGAGCCUGAUGGUGUUCCAGAAGGUGAUCCAGGUACCUUAACAGUAGCUUCACCGGCUCUCGUGGCUAUGGAUGUUGAUGAGCGGAAAGAUUUGUCUGAAGACGAGAACAUGGAAGAAGCAGAAGAGAAGAAGGAAGCUAAUGAUGGUGAGGAAGCUGAAGCUGAUGAUGGUGAUGGAGAUGGAAGUGUAGUUGUUGGGGAUGUAUCUCCGAAGGUAACAGAACCAUUAGUUCAUGAAUCUGAUGAGUCAGUAAUAAGUCGGAUACAUCAUUCACCUCAAAGUACACAUUAAGACAUUUCUAUAAUUCCAUCUCAUUUCUGUUUUGUUUUUUUUUAUAAUCAUUUUACUUCCAAUGCAGUUUUUUUUCUUUCUCAAAAUCCAUUGCUUCAUAUUCUUCUCCAGUUCCUUUUUUUAUAAUCAUUUUACUCAUUUCGUGCCGAAAGAAAUAAUAAAAGAAAAUAAACAUU